AAAAGAAGUUUAGACGAAGAAAAUAUAUGAGGACAGUCAAGUCAAAAGUCUGUAUUCAAAACAAGGGAGAUUGCUGCAACGUUGUUAGCAGAAAAGGUUCUCCGUUACAUGGCCACUCCAUUGAAAUCACAUCACAGCAGGAGCAUGUGCAUUUCGUGUUUAAUAAUAUUGAUGAUCCUGGCACAGCGGAAGAAGACAGAAAGACCAAGGUUGAUAAUAGAUUGGAAGAGAGUCAAAACUGUACAAACUGUGAUGCUUCUGGUGUUGAUGUUAAAGAUUAUUGUGUAAUAAAUGAAGAUGUAAACGUAUCGAAGGCCCCAAAAUGUUCUGAUGAGAAAACUUGCUUUUCGUUAUUUUUAACUGAGGCAGAUGCAACUGUUGAGAAGUAUUGUAAUAUUACUGAUAUUGAAAAAAAUAUUAAUUCUCCAUCUCUGGAUUCUGGUAAAGUUGUUAGUGGAGAUGAACAGUGUGGAAGAAAAUCAGUCAGUAACAUGACAAAAGUAUUAUUUUCAGAUGUUCAAAGUAAUGUUUCAUGUGGAAGGGAAUCCUUGCUUUCAAAGAGCAGUGAAAAUAUGUGUAAUUCUGGAGAAAGGGAAGAAGAAGGUGGUGAUGAUGUGACAUCUACUGAACAACUGAUUGAGUCUGGAAUGUCACAGGAUAUCAGCAUGGAUACUGCUGCUGUGUGUCAUCAUAAUGACCUCCCACAGGAUGACUGUAGAGACAAGCUAUCAAUAAUAUCAUCACCAACCUCAUCCCCAGUGAGUCAUGAAUUAGACUUGGUGAUCAGCAGUUGCAGCACACCAAAAAGUGAGAAAACAGAUGCACUGGCUCGUUAUAAUCAAGAUGGCGGUAAUGAAGGUGGUUUAGAGUCAUACUUGGACUCUGGCAAGAAGAAAAAGAGAUUGCGUUUGAACCAAUCGGGAUUGGCUGCUCGACUUCAGAAGCUGCUUGCCCGUGCACAAUCUUCCACGCGCAUCUGGCAAUAUGAGGCAAACCAUUUGAAUCUUUUUCAUUCCAGGAACAGAGGAGUUUUUCUCUUGGUCCAUUCAGUGUGGACUGAGUACUCCCACUUGCUGGUUCUUUGUUCUACAUAUUCUGGUAAGCUUGUUUCUCCACGAAAUUCAGAAGAUGGUGAUUCAAGUAGCAGUGAUGUCAGCAUGAGGAUAAUACUUGUAUUAGAUCCAGUUUUGCAUAUUCAGAUCAAACCAUGGUCUACAUUUCGGAUUUACCCACCUUGGCAAAGUCUAACAGUGACACAUCUAAAAAUAACUCUUGUGCUGGGUGUCAGUUGUCUAGAAGAAGUACAGACAUUGGAGAAGAAUCACAAGAAUCUGUCGUCCCUUGUAAAAUCACGACAGCAGGUGACAAAUAUUCUCUACACAUGCCCCUGUUCAUGCCUUGAAGAUCUAAGUAUCGGUAAAAAGUGCCAGUUUCACUUUCCACAUAAUGGUUUGGAGUUUUUGGAGUAUCUGUUGCCACAGAUUGUACCAAUGGGAACACUGCAUAGCAAAGCAGCAGCUCAUGUUGGUCAUGUGCCGAACAUGGAAGGUUUAGACUUGCAGGUCACGAGGAUGGGCAGCAUAGAAGUUAUGGUCAACCAAGGGUGCUUAAUUACUGAUGACAGUUAUUUGCAGUUAUGUAUACUGCAAAUAUUUUGCUACAAGUCAAGAGGAGAUAACAAGCUGAAUAAAGAUGGUGCAACCUCUGACGUCUGUUGGUCAAUCCUGGGCUGUGACGCAACAGGCGAAUGCUGUGAGGUGGUGCUGGACCCUGCCCCAUCUGAUGCUCUGAUGUCACAAACGUGGACAAAGAUCAAGACCAGGCAGGCUGUUGGUCACUUCUACAGAUUAACAGGAUUCAUCCUAAGGAGACGCAUUCACAAAACAAAGAGUCAUGGUUUGUGGUCACUCAUCUCUAAGUGUAAGAAACAAAUGAGGAGACAAAGCCUGAAUGAAAAGGACAAGAAGAAACAUUCAGAAUUAACAGCGUCAUUUGUCUCUUCUUGCAAUUUGAAGGGAGAACAAGCAGUGAGUGAGUUACAGUUGAUGGAGUGUGCAGUUAUUCCUCUGCGCAGAGAGUCGCAGUUAGAGGGCAACUCACAGGAAAUGCACGUCAGAAACGUGAUGGACCAUGACACUUCUGAAAUUCAGACAUGUGUUAAGAAAGAUCAGCUGUUUGUCUACGUCUUCUCACCAGGUACAGAGUCCUGGGAGAUGAAACUAUAUGACAGAGCUCCAUAUGGGCAGAGCAUCUCUGUACCUAAACCUCAGUUUUCUUGUCUGGCACAUUCACUGCGAAAGACUGAUGAUGGUCCAGCUAGACACACAUAUGUAGCUAAACUUCUUUAUGCCACAGAUGAUUACCUGUAUGUGACAGAUUCAUCUGUCGGCCAUGUUGUCUCACCAGGUUAUGCGAUUGUGUCCGUAAAGCCUUCGUGUUUCAUACCGUCAGAGAUCAGUGCUAACAGAGCGUCAGUAAUAUUUCUUCAAGAUGUUCAGUUAGACAAAGGAAAUCUGAGUGCAGACAAAUACAGCUGGCUUACUCCUCUUUCCAAUGUGGAUACCAGAAGAGAAACAAGUGCGUGUUUUCCAUUGGUAACUGAUGAGGAGUUUAAUUUAAUUUCCAAUCUAGAAGUUGCAUUACCAGACUUUACAUUAACAUCAGCCGCAAAGGAGCUUGUUACGAUCACUGGAACUGUUCUACAUGUAGAUGAAGAAACAGCAUUUUCUUGGCCAGUGUGUGGAAUUUGUGAAAAUGACUUACUGGUGGAACUAGGUCAUAACCAGUAUCUGUGCCAGAAUUGCGAUUCAUCCUCACAUACAUUCACAAAAAUGUCUCUCGACAUCUUCAUAUUGUGCCCUCCAAUUCCUGAUUCUUGCAAAGUGAAAGUGAAGCUGCAGCAGGACACAAUAAUGAAUAUGCUUCCAGCCUCACAGGAUAACAAUCAGGGCUAUGAAUUAUCAUCAGUGCUUGGUCAUGUAGUUGGACCACUUCGCUGUGCAGUAGUGAGAGCUGGAACUAUGAACUUUGAAUUGAAUGAAAUACCCAAAACUGUAUUGAAACAUCUGUGAUGGCUGUUAUGACUGCAGAUAUAUUUUUAUAUUGGAAAUACAGACAUUAAUGGUGACUGCGGUAUAUGUCAUCAGAUUACGAGCAUCAAGGUCACAACAUUUAUUCAGCGUUGUUACAUGAAUGGAGGAUCUGAGGUGGGUGCAGACAGCUCAGAACUUACAGCAUAGCACAACUAGCAACACUAUAUGGUAAGGAGAGGGCGAAGUUCUGUGACUUUGAAGCGUGUAAAUUGGUGACAGCUGCUAUAAAUAUAUUUAAAAUGUAGAAAUAAAUAUUCUGUUAUUUUAUACUUUU